CGCCCUCGAGGGUGGCAGCGGUGCCCUGUCCUGCCCGUGCCGUGCCAGGGCCAUCCCCAGCCGGCCCCGGGAGCGCUGCCACUGCCGGGAGCGCCGGAGCCUGCUCGUAAUUAGCGCAUGUGAAAGAUCGCUUCACUUUCCAAAAGAGGGAAGGAGGAUGCAGGAAAUCACCGGCCAGCUCGGCUGAAGCACCGAGAGGCAGGACGGCGAUCGGCGGGGAAGCAGCGAGGAGCUGUUCCAGGGGAAGGAGCGCUGUCCCUGGGACUCAGCAGGGAUGGCCCAGGCUCUGCCCGGCUUUCCUGGCUCUAGCCCCCAGCCCCGAGCUGAUCCCACAGGGACGAGCAUCCAGCGCUGGCAGGAGCCUCGGGCAGAGCAUCCCUGCUCUCGCUGGCCAAGGAACCAACUUUGCUCCACGUUUCCAAGGGGAAAACAAAACCUUUGGUGGUAGCAGGCAGCUCUGCCUCAAAUUAAUUUCGGUGCCGUCGGGAAAAUAUCCUGUGUCAUCCUGCAAAUCAGGCAGAAAAUGAUGCUCCCCACGCCUUCCCUCCUGCCUGCACCCUGUGUACUGUGCAGACACGCACGUGUGAGGAUGGAGAAUCAAUGCAGCCAGAGCCUGCGCAGCAGAAUUUUAUUCCCCAUGUUUCAUCUCGUAUCAAAAAUCACGACAAAAAUACAACGCUGCCUUUUGUCAGAAGGAAAAUACCCGGAGUUCAGCAAACUGCCAAGUUUUCCAUGCUCAGAUUUCUGCUGGCAUCUGCUCUCCGCAGCAUCCCAGCCAGUCCAACCCCCGUGGGAUGCAGCCAGCCCCAGAGCCCCGGAUCCACGCUGGCAAACCUUCCCAGGUCGGCAUCCGCGUGGUCUGAGCUCCUCAGGAUCUGUCACGUCAUCGGCUGCGCAGAGGGCGACCAAGUCAUGCGAGAAACGGGCAUUUCUUCAAAAAAUACAGGACCCGAAGCGUGAAUCGUGGCUGAGUCACUGAAACACGAAACUCACUAAAGGGAUGAAUUAGAGCUAUUAGAAUAUAGAGGUAAUUACUCAUGUGAACAAUGCCCUGCUCCACUCUUUAAUGAUUACACAAAUUAGUGCAUAAAAUUAUGUUAAUGGCUCUGCAAGAGGCACAUCCACCCAGCCCGCCCGGCGGGAGGGGCCGCAGAGGUGAGGGUCCCCCUCAGCACCGAGGGCGAGGCGAGGGAGCGCCGGGAGAGGCUGCAGCCCAUCCUGCGGCUCUGCUGGGCUCCGUGCCCGUCCUGUCCCGCAGUUCUGCCAGGCUCUGUGCCCGUCCCACGGCUCUGCCAGGUUCUGUGACCAUCCCACGGCUCUGCCGGGCUCUGUGCCUGUCCUGCGGCUGUGCCUGGCUCCAGGACCAUCCUGCAGCUUUGCCCUGCUCUGUGCCCAUCCUGCAGCUCUGCCCUGCUCUGUGCCCAUCCCAUCCUGCAGCUCUGCCCUGCUCCAUGCCCAUCCCAUCCUGCAGCUCUGCCAGGAUCUGUGCCCAUCCCAUCCUGCAGCUCUGCCCUGCUCCAUGCCCAUCCCAUCCUGCAGCUCUGCCCUGCUCCAUGCCCAUCCCAUCCUGCAGCUCUGCCAGGCUCCAUGCCCAUCCCAUCCUGCAGCUCUGCCCUGCUCCAUGCCCAUCCCAUCCUGCAGCUCUGCCCUGCUCCGUGCCCAUCCUGCAGCUCUGCCCUGCUCCAUGCCCAUCCCAUCCUGCAGCUCUGCCAGGCUCCAUGCCCAUCCCAUCCUGCAGCUCUGCCAGGCUCCGUGCCCAUCCCAUCCUGCAGCUCUGCCCGGCUCCAUGCCCAUCCCAUCCUGCAGCUCUGCCAGGCUCUGUGCCCAUCCCAUCCCGCAGCUCUGCCCUGCUCUGUGCCCAUCCCAUCCUGCAGCUCCUCCAGGGUAGCACAAAGCACUGCAGGGGCCACGCAGUGCAGGUGGGUACAUCACUGGCUCACCUUCAGGUGUGCGGGAGAUGGAUUUUCGGGAACGUUUACUACACAGGGAACCGCCUGGAAUCUUCAUUUUUCCUAAUAAUUCAGCUUUCCAUUUGACACCGCUCCAAGUGCAAUUCCAGAUAAACUGCUCUUCCCGUGCAGGUGCAGCGAGGAUCGUUCUGCACUCUGCGUGGGGGACUCUCACCAAAGCUGGGGCUGUUCUAAGCCAAUCUAGAAAUCACUCUAAUUUUGCUGCACAGCUAAAAACUCUGCUGUUAUCAGGAGCAAGAAACCUCACGGCACAACCAACACACACAGAUCAAUGAAAGAAUCUCCUGUUCUAAAGCAGAAGUUUCUGUUAGAAAAAAAAUAAAAAAAACCAAACAACAGAAAAAAAACCCCAACUGUGGUUUCUGGGAGAAACCACAAGUUUUCUAACCGUUUCUAUUUCGGAGCUAGUGCUGGCUUUAUUAAGUACGGGGCUAUCAGGACGAUGUGCAAUUGAGGAGGAGAGAUUCCCUCGGUCUCCAGGCGCUUCCCGGAGCGCUCGCACAAAGGAGGCAGUAUCGGGCCGGGCUGCCGGGCAGCUGCGCGGCCAGGGCGGCACGGAGGGGCCGCCCAGCCCCGGGGAGCACAAUCGCCCUCAGUUGUACCAACAAAGCGGCACUAUCGGGAGCAGGAGCAUGGGAACAGACUCCCUGCAGGAGUGGCGCAGCUCUUCCAGCGCUGCCGGGCAGAAGCUCCGGGCAGGGAACGCUCCCUGCUCGCUGUGCAGCAGGAACUCAUCUGCGCUGGGGGGAAAAGCGAUCCAGGAGAGGGGGCUACGCUUGGAUGUCCCUGCAAUUCCAUUUCCCCUUUUCCACCUUUUUCAGAGAGAAUGGCCUCUCAAAACAUUUCGUUUCAGGAAGAACACACUGAUGAAAGAAGACACCUUGCCUCGGCUGGCAUCUGUUGAAAUCCUAGCAAACACCUUCCUGGAAGAGGUGCUGGUGGAACAGCCUGUUCCCACUAACGCACGAGGAUAUUGAAACCGGGGCCAGCUUUGCCCACCAGCACCAGCCAGGCCCCUGGAUGGCUCCCAGGAGGCAGAUUCCCCACCGGGGAAGUCAAACAGGCACUUACCAGAUUCACUUUCACCCUUGGAGAAGUUGAAGAGCAAAAGAGAUGGCACCAGGCUCCCUGGGUUGUGCCAGGCACGAGUGUUGCUCCCAAAACUCAGCGACUCCUCAUCAUCCCUGUCACAAUGUUAAUGAACUCAUAACGUGGUAUAAUUAAAAACUGAGAGUGUGUCAGGAGGCACAGCCUCCUCCAGUUAACUUCUCCUAA